AUGUACUGGCCAUUGAUAAACAACGUUCACGUGGUUAUAUAUUUCUUUAGCGACGCAGUUUUAACGGAAAAUGCCACUACAAGAAGAGGAAUAAGUGACCUGUUAACAGGCUAUGACAAGAUCUUAAGACCAAACAUGGAAGGACCACCAGUGAUUGUAACGACAAGCAUCCAUAUUAAUAACUUCUAUUCAUCCACAGAUAAAGGAAUGGAUUAUACAACUACAAUAUUUCUGCGCACACGUUGGAACGAUCCUAGAUUACAAUAUAAUGGUGCUCCAAACCACACAAUAACAUUACAUUCGGAUGGAGUAAAAGAAGUCUGGGUACCACCGCUCUUUUACCCAGAUGAGAAGUCUGGACACUUCCAUAAACUGACUACGGAGAAUAUUCUGCUAAGGAUUUACCCUGAUGGAACUGUUCUGCAUAGCGCAAGAUUUACGAUAAAAUUGGGAUGCAUGAUGAAAUUAGAACGCUAUCCAAUGGAUGAACAGACAUGCAAUAUGGAAAUAGAAAGCUUUACUUAUACAACUGAUGACUUGAUUCUGCAAUGGGCACCAGAGGACGAUGAUCUUGAAGCUUUGGGAGUGCAGGAGGGAAUAUCAUUACCACAAUUUACAUUUAAAGAUAUGGAGCCAGACAGAUCCCGAACAACAAGACACUAUGCAACCGGUAAUUUCUCGUACCUUAUAGCCAAACUCAGAUUACGAAGACAGCAAGAGAUUUUUAUCAUGUCCGCUUAUGUUCCAAGCACAUUGAUUGUCAUAGUAUCGUGGUUUUCAUUUUGGAUCAACCCGAACUGUGAACCGGCCCGUGUGUCACUCGUGAUGAUGGCACUGUUGACAUUGUGUACACAGAUGAAUGGAAUUCAGGCUAAGGCACCAAACAUAGCGCAUAUGAAGGCUUCGGAUGUGUGGAUGUCAUCAUGUCUCGUCUUCGUAUUCGCAGCCCUAGUAGAAUACGCCGCUGUUAACUUUAUUAGUUUGAAGAUUAAAAUGCAAAAUCAAAAUGAACAAUCACUAGAAAUGGUAAACCGAGCAGUAAGCAAAAACCCUAGCACCGAAUCGGAUUUUGAAACCUCUGUGAGCAAAUCCAAUCAGUAUGAUGUUAUAUGUCACGUAAGACCACAACGUAUUGAUUAUUACAGUCGAAUUGUAUUUCCUAUCACAUUUAUGGUGUUUAAUGUGUUUUAUUGGUUGAUCUAUCUGUGUUAG